GUGUGUGAUUUUAACGCAGUAUUUGUUUGGGUUGAAACGGUACUUCAGUUCAUCUGCAGUUGUCCGUGAAUAUGGCGCUUGUUUGGAGGAAUAUACUCAUACUUGUGUUUGCGCACUUCGUUGUGUCUCAUUUGUCUACUCGAUGUGGCGAACCAACAAAGUAUCCCGGCAAGCAGCUGCACAAAAGUUAUCUCCAUAAAUUAAAGUUCAAUCAUGGAGAAAGAGUGAUGUAUACAUGUCCCCCGGGUUACACACCCUCAGAAGGAAGUCCAACAUCAUGGUGUCUGCAAGGACACUGGACAGCCUUGAACCUGAAAUGCCAAAAGAAAAAGUGCAAUGCGCUAGGUGACGUAGAGAACGGGCAGUACAUUCGAGAAGGGCAAUCAUUUGGCGAUAAAGCCAUUGCUACGUGUAAUAAAGGUUAUGUUUUGAGAGGAGAAAGAGUUCGUAUGUGUAUGCAAAACGGUUGGAGUGGGAUGGACCCCAUCUGUGAGGUGUCGAAGAUCAUGUGUUUAGCACCUGCUGUGGCAAACAGAUGGAUAAAACCUGGAGAAAGGACACAGUACACACCCCAAGACACUGCAACCAUUGUCUGCAGUGAGGGAUUUGUACUGACUGGCUCGCCACAGGUCACAUGUGGACCAGACGGCCAAUGGCAGGGCUUGCCUGUGUGCCGCUCGAAAGGUCAGUUUGCAAAGGUUUUGCUCUCAAGACUUGCUAUUCCCAAGACAUGUCCCACUCCUGAUUUGGGAAAAAACGGUACAGUGAAAGAGCAGAAGUCUGAUUACAUGCCGGGACAGUUCAUAUCUGUCACCUGCAGUAAAGGAUUCGUCGGAUCUGGAGUUUUCACGUGUCACGCACACUCAAAAUGGCACCCAAAGGAGCCAGUGUGUCAGUUGAUCACCUGUUCAGCACCUGCUGUGGCAAAUGGAAGGAUAAAACCAGGAUCUAGGGUGUACAAACCCAAAGACACUGUGGAUGUGAUUUGUAAUGAGGGAUUUGAUCUGAUUGGCUCACCAGUGGUCACAUGUGGACCAGAAGGCCAGUGGCAGGCCUUGCUUGAGUGUCGCCCUAAAAGGAUUUCAGCUACUGGUAAAUGUGGUCCAGCUCCGUCAAUCCCUCAUGCUUUCCCCAGAGACGGAUCCUUCACACUGAAAGAGUAUCCAUCCGGUGCUCGCAUUCACUACAAAUGCAGUACAGGAUACGUGCGGGCCAGAGGAAGCACCAGUAUACACUGCCUGAAUGGCCAGUGGACAAACCUGCAGCUCCGAUGUGAAAGGAAGAAGUGCGGAUCUGCUGGAGAGAUCUCCUAUGGCCAAUACGAGUACACAGGUGUGUCAUUUGGAGAUUCAGCUACAGCCAUCUGUCAAGAAGGGUAUGAGCUGACCGGCCCAAAAGUGCGGAUCUGCCGGGAUGGAGGCUGGGAUGGAAGGAGCCCUGUGUGUGAACCUGUGCACUGUCCUCCACCUCCAGAGGUCAAGGAUGCUGAGAUGUUUGACCCCAUAUAUGACCAUGCUCCCUUCGGUCACGUGGUGUCCUAUCACUGCCGUACUGGAGCUCUGAUCGGUGCAAGAGAGAUUUACUGCACCAAGAACGGCGCCUGGAGCGCUCCUCCUCCUGAGUGCAAAGACAUUGUCUGUCCUAACCCACAAGUGCCACGUGGAUCAAGAAUGAGGGGUUUUAGGGCGGUCUAUAAAUAUGGGAACACAGUGACAAUCGCCUGCAAUCCUGGUUUAAGGCUUUUAGGAGAGAGUUUUGUCACCUGUGGCGCAGAAGGGGAAUGGAAACCAAAACUUCCAGAAUGUGUGUAGAAAUCUGCACAUGAAGCAAUGAAACAAACAAAUAUUCAACUGAAAGACACAAUAUAGCUAGCUGUCUCAAAGUCAUAAUGAAGCUUAUUUCUUUUCAUUGUAUUUCAUUAAAAUGAGCAGAACACUAUUUAGUAUCUACUCAGACUGUUUA